UGGCGGGAGUGUGUAUGUUAUAUGGUGUCAUAAGCAGUACGGCUCCUGUGCCUUGUAAAUGUAGAAACGUGUGAAAUUUCAGGACUUGGGCAUUCGCUAGAGUUGUCCUUUUUAAUUAAAAUAACAAUACAACGGUGAUAACGUAACCUUUUUAUGCUGGAGAGGGAUACCAUUUUGGGAAAUGUAAUGUAUGAAUGGCCAAGAAUAAUCCAAGAAAAUGUCUACUUCUCUUACUGAAGAACAGAAGAGGAAGAUUGAGGAGAACAGACAGAAAGCUUUAGCUCGAAGGGCAGAAAGACUCGCUGUUCAGCAGAACCAAAGUAAACCGGCAAUUGGAGAGGCGAACAGCCAUGGUUCUAAUGUCCAUACUUUCAAAGAGUUGAAGACCGGAAACAACCUUAAUCAAUAUAAACAUCUAGAAAAUGUUUCCAAAGGAAGCAGGGAACAUUUUCAGUAUAGUAAUGAUAAUUACCUACCUCCAAAUAAUAGCAAUGCUGUUGGUGGUAAUCUACUUUUAGCUAAUGCAGUUGAACUUCCAGGUCAAGCAAAUUCAAAUACUAACCCAAAAUGCACUGGACCUGGACUCUUUUCUGCUGCAGCUGGACACAAGCAAACUGUACGACCAAUGCAGAACUGGUCUUGUUCUAAAUCCUUAGCUUCAGAUGAUAAAGGAAAUUUGUCUACAAUGCACUCCCAAGCAAAAGCUGAGUCUGGAUUGUCAAAUUCAUACUCAACCAAUAGUACAGCACUUAAGCCAAAUCUUCUAAAACCAUUUAGUAAUGAAUCCACCAGUCACAGUGUAUCAGAGGUAACUAGUCAACCAAGUAAUUCAAACAAAACAUCUCAGACACAGGCUUUUUCUACAAAAUCUGCAAGUGGGUCAGUCUCCGUAAAUAAUUCAGCAAACGUUAUAAAGUUUUAUGGGUCAGGAUCAAGUGUCAAAAGUAAUCAGUCAGUGAUGGAAGGAAGGGGGAACACACUCAAUGGGGUUGUUUUAGACUCUGUGCCUAGUAAAAAGACACCUAAUGUGAGAGGAAAAUGUGUCAAGUACCUUGAGGAUCGUUUUCGUGUUGAAGUUGGUUACAACGCAGAGCUCAUUGCCUUGUUUAAAACUAUACCAAGCAAAAAUUAUGAUCCUGCAACCAAAAUGUGGAAUUUUAGCCUGGAAGACUACUCCACUCUUAUGAGUGAAGUUCAGCAGCUAAUGACAGUAGUGUUAAAGCCUCUGGAAGGAAUGGAAACUCUGGAAUUGCCCUCUCGUCCCCUCACCUCAAGCAGUGGAAUUAAUGCUCUGUUGAUGAUGUGCAACAACUGGCAGAGACCCAAUGCCACUCUUAGAGGCAGGUGUUUGCUUAUCUCCCGUUCCAGGUUUGAAAUGGAAAUUGGAUAUCAUGCAGAUAUCAUUGCCUUAUUCAAACAGAUGGAGUCAAGAAAUUAUGAUACAAAGACUAGAAAAUGGAGUUUCCUGCUGGAAGACUAUCAAAAACUAAUUGAAGCUGUGCGUAACAUCCAACAAGUUGAGAUAGAACCCUUACCUAGGCCUGUGCUUCAAGCUUUUGCCUCUCAGUUUGAAAAAACUUCCACUCAUCGUUUGGAGAUUCAAGAGGUUGACCUUUCCCAGGUGGAUUCCAAACUUGUGACCAGCUUGAUGCCCUUUCAGAGGGAGGGUGUGAACUUUGCCAUAUCACGGGAAGGAAGACUGCUCAUUGCAGAUGACAUGGGCUUAGGGAAAACAAUACAGGCAAUCUGCAUAGCAGCAUAUUACCGUGCAGAAUGGCCUUUGCUGGUAGUGGCCCCAUCAUCAGUCAGAUUUACCUGGGCUGAGGCUUUUUACAGAUGGCAACCCUCUAUAAACUCAGAACAUAUCAAUGUAAUAGUGACUGGACGAGACAGCCAGACUGCAAGCUUGAUCAACAUUGUGAGUUAUGACCUUCUCUGUAAGAUGGACAAGCAGAUUUCAGCCAAUUUUAAAGUCAUUAUUAUUGAUGAAUCACAUUUCCUGAAGAAUGUAAAAACUGCCCGAUGCAAGGCUGCAAUGCCACUGUUAAAGAAUGCAAAAAGGGUUAUCCUUUUGUCUGGUACUCCUGCCAUGUCUAGACCUGCUGAGCUUUAUACGCAGAUAGCAGCUGUUCGCCCAACCUUCUUUCCUAGAUUUCAUGAUUUUGGGAUCCGAUACUGUGAUGCUAAACAGAUGCCCUGGGGAUGGGAUUACUCAAGAUCCUCCAAUAUGGGUGAACUAAAGCUGCUUCUGGAAGAGUCUGUUAUGAUCAGAAGGUUGAAGUCUGAAGUUUUGUCUCAACUACCAGCUAAACAGCGUAAGAUGGUCGUAAUUGCCCCUGAAGGCAUUAAUGCGAAGACAAAGGCAGCACUUGCAGCUGCUGCAAAGGAAAUGACAAAAGGCUUUAAGAGUAAAGUUCAAGAAAAAGAAGUUCUUCUCAUGUACUACAACAGAACGGCAGAAGCAAAAAUCAAAUCUGUCAUAGAAUACAUCAUGGAUUUGUUGGAGAGUGGGAGAGAGAAAUUUUUAGUGUUUGCCCAUCACAAGAUAGUGCUUGACAAUGUUUGUGAAGAGCUGGGAAAAAAGGAUGUUGGGUAUAUUCGUAUUGAUGGAACCACUACGUCAGCUGAUCGCCAGUCACUGUGCCACAAGUUCCAGUUGUCAGAAAAAAUUUGUGUAGCAGUCUUGUCUAUCACUGCUGCCAACAUGGGACUGACCCUCUCCUCUGCUGACUUAGUUGUGUUUGCAGAGCUGUUCUGGAAUCCUGGAGUUCUAAUUCAAGCAGAAGAUCGAGUCCACAGAAUUGGACAAACAAGUUGUGUGAAUAUUCAUUACCUUGUUGCAAAAGGCACAGCCGAUGACUUCUUGUGGCCAAUGAUUCAGGAAAAGAUAAAGAUUCUGGGCCAGGCUGGAUUAUCAGAGACACAGUUUUCAGAAACUACAGAAUCAACAGAUUAUUUCUACAAGGACCCAAAGCAGAAGACUAUCUAUGACCUUUUUCAGAGAUCGUUCUCAGAAGAUGGAACAUCAGAAGACGGAGAUGAAGCCCUACUUCUAGAGGCUUGUGAGGAGGUUGACUUUGAAUAUCCUUCAUCUGAUACCGCAAAUGAUUACUCAGAAAACCUCUGCAAAAAAAGGAAGAUAGAUGAUUUUUUUUCUACAUAAUAGGAAAAAAGUUAUAGGGAUGUUGUAAAGUGCGGGGGAGAAUAUGUUUUAUUAUCAGAAAUUUUGUAAUUUUGUUUAUAUUAUUGUAUAAAGAUUAAAGAUAACUGCUUAUUGAAAUGGU